UCAAUUGUUUGGCUUCUCUCUCCAUUCAACAUCUCUCUGUUCUUUCUCUUUUCCCUUUCCCUCUUUAUUUGAUGUGAUUCUCCACUAGCAUCUUAACACAGACGCAACAACAAGACGAAAAUCAAAGAUCAGGAGAGCCAUGGUUUUUACCUCCAUCCCAGCUUAUCUUGAUCCUGCCCACUGGCAACAACAACUAAGAACAAAUCAUCAAGCUGUUCCUGGGAGCAGUCCGAGCUCUCAUCAGCUUCUUCCUCCUCCUGGACCUCCACAACCACCACCUGCAGCUCCCCCACCGAUUGGGGGAGAUGGAGCGGGCUCGAUCCGGCCUGGUUCGAUGACCGAUCGAGCUCGUUUGGCGAAUAUGCAGAUGCCGGAAGCCGCGUUGAAAUGCCCGAGAUGUGAGUCGACGAACACGAAAUUCUGCUACUUCAACAACUAUAAUCUCACACAGCCUCGUUACUUUUGCAAAGCUUGUAAAAGGUACUGGACUAGAGGUGGUGCCUUAAGAAAUGUUCCGGUAGGCGGUGGAUGCCGUAGGAACAAAAGAAGCAAAGGAAGUGGCUCGAAAUCGGCCGUCACCGAUGACCGGAAAACAGCUUUUAGUUCAUCAAGUGCAAUUUCUUCAAAGAGUACAGCAAGCACUGAUAUUUUAGGCCUUGGACCUCAAGGUCCUCAACUGAGCUUCAUGGCUCCUUUGCGGCACCUUACUGGUUUUGGGUUGAAUUACGGCACAAUUUCAGCUCCCCUUGGAGUGCCAAGCGACUGGAAUGCGGAUGCAACCGGUUUCGAUCAGUGGCGGCUACCACCGCAAUUUCCCUUCCUUGGAGACUUGGAAUCUUCCGGUCUAUAUCAAUUUGAAACUGCAGGUGAUGAGCAGCCAUCUGGAUACGGUGUCGUAGCUGGAGCACAUCAGGUUCGACCUAAUAUAUCAAGCUCGACACCACCAACACAGAUGGCUCCGGUGAAAAUGGACGGCAAUAACCAGCAAGAAUUGAAUUUUUCAAGGCAAAUUCCGGGAAAUGAUCAUCAGUACUGGGGUGGAACUGCAUGGACAGAUGUUUCCAGUUUCAGCUCUUCAUCCACCAGCAAUCCCUAGUAGGUUACGAAUUAGAUCCGGUCAUCUAACACUCAUUUCAAAGCUUGGGUCUUUUUGUUAGUGGAGCUUCUUUCAAAGAAAAAUUAACCAUGACCAAGGGGUUAUGUUCCUCGCAUUAAAAGUCGACUGAAACCCUAGCAUUGGUAGGCUUUCUUUCUCUCCAAAUACCGAGUGUAUCACCAGUUUAUAUAUAGAGCUUGCAUUGAUGAU